AUGAUUGGCGCCAUGUCGAAGCUAUCUGCCGUCAUUAUGGCAUGCCUGCUGCUCUUGCUUUCGGCCUCUGCCAACGCGCAAUCGACCGACCAAGCUUCCCUCUUCGCCGACACUUCUUGCAACUCGAACGUAUGCCUACGCGCUGUCUACAGCCCUUCUGAAAGGAGGAUGAACAUGACCAUGUCUGCCAACGGCGGUGGUGCACCGAUGGGUUGGUACGCUGUCGGCACUGGAAGCAGGAUGGACGGCUCCAACAUGAUGAUUGGGUGGGUGGAUACCACGGGCAAAGUUGUCAUGUCGCAACGCACCGCCUCCGGACACAGCAAUCCUAGCACCAGCAUCACAGCGUUGGCUGCGACCAUGGAACCGGCACACUCCUUCUCCAACAGCUCCGGCACCGUCUGGGCGUGGUCGUUCCCCAUGUCUGGCUCCGAAACAGCCCCUUCGGCAUCGACGCCCUUCAUCUGGGCCGUCAACAAGCAGAAUAACCCGGACUCGAGCACCAGCGCAUCGAUCAGGCGUCACACAGCAUACGGCUCGAUGACCUUGGAUCUGACAAAGCCGUACACGUCGAGUUCCUCCUCUUCGACCGGGUCCAACACGGGGACCAACACACCCGUCACUCCAGCGACGAACGGAGGCAACACUGAAGACCAGAACCGGUCUCAUCGCGUGCUGAACAGGAACAACCGUCUCAUCAUCGCACACAUGGUCAUGAUGAUCGUCGCUUGGUUCAUUUUGGUUCCCGCUGCCAUCCUCAUCGGUCGUUACGGCCGCACCUUCUUCACCUGGUUCCCGGCACAUCGCGGAAUUCAGAUUGCCGCGUUCGUGUUCGUGCUCAUCGGCAUGGUCCUCAUCAUCGUCGAAGUAGGGUCUGGCACUCACUUUGACAGCACGCACGCCAAGGCUGGACUCGCCAUCUUCAUCAUCAUGUUUGUGCAGAUGCUGCUGGGCGCUGUGGGUCACAAGACCAAGCGCUUCAACGUUUCGAGGAUUGUGCACGUCGUCAUCGGGCUCGGCGUCACGGUCGCUGCCAUCUGGAACGCCACAGCAGGGCUUCAUCUGUGGGAUUGGGGUGUGCCUCGAUGGGCGUCGUGGAUUCUCUGGAUCUGGGCCGCGCUGCUUUUCGUCGCCUACCUGGCAGGCCUGGCGCUACUCCCUCGCGACCUGCGAGAGUGGCGAGAGAAGUCGGCAAACACGCGGGGCGAGAAGCAGGAGUAUCUUGGUCUGCAGAACAACGCUUCGCCAGGCGCGUCGACGCACCAGCACUCGCCAGGCGAGCAGCCCACGUCGCCCACGGCGUGGGCCAACCCGCCGCUGCAGCAGGCACCCUCUCGAGCCUACCAGAGCUAUGCUCAUCAGCCCCAUGCGCCAAGCGGGGGCAUCUGA